AAAAGACUUUCUUAUAAGCUACCAACAAAGUUAUUAAUUUUGAGGCAGGAGUGCUGCAUCGCAGUCAUUGUGGAAUACGUCCUGACUGGGAAACAGGUCGCAUGUUCUGGAGAGCACCUCUACGGUCGGGCUCAGUCGGGAGCGCGUCAUUGACCUGAUUAAUCCCGAAAAGACUUAAACGCGGCACCCGGGAUCCGCUUCAAAGAUCCGUUGGCGUCACGACUGGGUUAGCUAGCCUGGCUAAGGAACAGGAGAGCAGCCAGGAACCAGCCCCUCAGAUACAGGCAGUUAAGACAGUCAUGCUGUGUUUCGGUUUUAUGAUAUGAAAUGCGGAAAACAUGGGGGCCAAAGAAUCAAGGAUUGGUUUCCUCUCUUAUGAUGAGGCAGUCAAGAGAGUGACUGAUGUUGAACUCAAAAGGCUGAAGGAUGCUUUCAGGAGGACCUGUGGCUUGUCGUACUUUAUGAGUCAGCAAUGCUUCUUCAAGGAGGUGUUGGGGGACAUGGUUCCCCUCAAUAUUUCAGAGGUGAUCUACAGUUCGUUUGGUGGCACAUCGAAAGGCCUGCACUUCAACAACCUCAUUGUUGGCCUGGUGCUCCUCACCAGAGGACGUGAUGAAGAGAAGGCCAGAUACAUUUUCAGUCUUUUUGCCAGUGAAUCAGGCAGUUAUGCCACACGAGAGGACAUUGAAGCUAUGCUGCAAGCUGUGGAUGGAGAAGUCCAUCCGUCUCUCAGGAAGUGCUUUACCGAGGCAGAGAAGGUGAAUUAUGAGAAGUUUAAGAACUGGCUGCUGCAAAACAAAGAUGCUUUCACCUUCUCCCGCUGGCUCCUGUCCAGUGGGGUGUGUGUGACUCUGACCGAUGACAGCGACACACCUACCUUCUACCAGACCUUAGCAGGGGUCACACACUUAGAAGAAUCGGACAUUAUUGACCUGGAGAAGCGAUACUGGUUACUGAAAGCUCAGUCACGAACUGGACGAUUUGACUUGGAGACAUUUAUCCCAUUGGUAUCCCCUCCUAUUCAUCCAUCCAUAAGCGAAGGUUUGUUCCAUGCCUUUGAUGAGAACAGAGACAAUCACAUAGACUUCAAAGAGAUCUCCUGUGGCUUGUCAGCAUGCUGUAGGGGGCCCUUGGCCGAGAGGCAGAAAUUUUGUUUUAAAGUGUUUGAUGGUGACCGUGAUGGAGUUCUCUGUCGACAAGAACUCCAUGAGAUGGUUGGUGCUUUACUGGAGGUCUGGAGGGACAAUCGUACUGACUUCAUCCCCGAAUUGCAGGCAAAUGUGCCUGAUAUCGUCGAAGACAUUCUUAGGGUACAUGACACUACACAGAAGGGCCAUCUGACACUUGAAGACUAUCAGAUAUGGAGUGUGCAGAGUGCAUUAGCUGCUGAGUUUCUCAACCUCCUGUUUCAGGUAUGUCAUAUUGUUCUUGGACUGCGGCCUGCCACUCCCGAGGAAGAAGGACAGAUCAUCAGGGGCUGGUUGGAGAGGGAGAGCCGCCAUGGACUCCAGCCUGGAGACUACUGGUUCCUCAUCUGCACCCAGUGGUGGCAGCAGUGGAAGGACUAUGUCAAAUAUGACAGUAAGGUGAUAGUGGUGGAACAGCCACCAGUCUUCACCGCAGGCAGAAGUCCUCCGUCCACGUCUGGGCUGGACCAGGGUGGCCAGGGCGACUGCGCGGUCAGCUUGCACUCGUCCCCCGAGGAGAAGUUCUCCGACAAUGUCUCCAGCGCCUCGGAGGCAUCUGAAACCACAAGCACCGGCCUCCUGCCCUCCAGCUCCACGGCCACCGACGUGUGCUUCGCCCGCCAGCCCGACUCCCCAGAGGCAGACGCUCAGAGCUUCCUGGGGGCUGACGGGAGUGCGACGGCCCUCAGGCCAGGUGCCAUAGACAACCAGCCACUGGUAACAUCAGAGCCUCUCAAGGCUCCUACGUUGACAAUGGAAGGCGGCUUACUAAGGCGUUCUCCCCCACUGCGUCUGGGCCAGGACUUUGAAGUCGUACCUGAACCGGUGUGGAGGGCUCUCUACCACUGGUACGGAGCCAACCUGAGCCUGCCGCGGCCGGUGAUCCGGGCGAGGGACAUGGAGAAAGCCGAGCUGGAGCUCUUCCCCAGACACCUGCUCUUCCUGAGGCAGCAGCCGCCUGCCCGCACGCCUCAGUCCAACAGCUGGAGCAGCAUCGGGAGCAUGCCAUCGCCCAGCGCCCCUCUGAAGCGGGUGCUGGUCUACACCGGCUGCUUUAGCCGGGUGGGCACCAUCAAGGACAUCCACGACUAUCUGUCCCAGAGGCUGCGCAUUAAAGAGGAAGACAUGAGACUCUGGCUCUUCAUCAAUGAGAAUUAUUUGACUCUUCUUGAUGAUGAGGACCACUCACUGGAAGCUCUGAAGAUCCCUGAUGAGCAAUACAUGGUUAUUGAAGUGCGCAACAAAGACAUGAGUUGGCCCGAGGAGAUGUCGUUCUUGGCCAACAGCAGCAGAAUGAACAGGCACAAAGUGCCCACUGAGAAAGGAGCCACUGGUCUCAGUAACCUUGGCAACACUUGCUUCAUGAACUCCAGCAUCCAGUGCGUGAGCAACACUAAGCCUCUAACAGAGUACUUCACAUCGGGUUGCCACCUUUAUGAACUCAACAGAACAAAUCCUAUUGGGAUGCGUGGUCAUAUGGCAAAAUGCUAUGGUGAUCUGAUCCAGGAACUGUGGAAUGGUACACAGAAAAGCAUCGCACCACUGAAACUCAGGUGGACCAUAGCAAAGUAUGCUCCACGGUUCGAUGGCUUCCAGCAGCAAGAUUCUCAAGAGCUGCUGGCCUUUCUGUUAGAUGGCCUUCACGAGGACCUUAACCGGGUUCAUGACAAGCCUUACGUGGAGCUGAAGGACAGCGACGGCAGGCCUGACUGGGAAGUUGCGUCUGAGGCCUGGGAGAACCAUUUGAGACGGAACCGCUCUAUAGUGGUGGACCUGUUCCACGGCCAGCUCAGGUCUCAGGUCAAGUGCAAAACCUGCGGACACGUCAGCUCACGCUUUGACCCCUUCAACUUCCUCUCGCUCCCCCUGCCGAUGGACAACUCCAUGCACCUCGAGAUCAUAGUCGUGAGGCUCGACGGCUCGACGCCAGUGCGGUACGGGCUCAGGCUCAACGUGGAUGAGAGAUAUUCCGGCCUGAAGAGCCUGCUGAGCGAGCUGUGCCAUCUGAAGCCGGAACAGCUCCUCCUAGUGGAGAUUCAUUUGUCCUGCAUUAAGAAUUUUCCGUUAGAUAACCAAAAAGUGCGCCGUGCUGUGAGCGGCUUCCUGUGCGCAUUUGAAAUCCCGCUACCCACGUUCCCCUCGUCUGCCACCUCCCAUAAAGAAGCGGGCACCGGAGACCUCCCAAAGGUGGCCAAUGGUAUAAGCCCAUCACUCUCCAACAGUACAUCCCUGAGGCUUGACAUCAUUCCUAAAGGCAUGCCGAACACGGUGGUGCCCUGUAGUGCAGAUGGCAGCCCCGCCAACGGCCUUCCCAACGGCCACGUCCCGACACCCCACGCCGGCCCCUUCACCGGCUACGUUAUUGCCAUUCACCGGAAAAUGAUGCGCGCAGAGUUAUACUUCCUCUCGUCUCAGAAGAACAGGCCCAGUCUGUUCGGCAUGCCCCUGAUCGUGCCCUGCAUGGCAGAUACGCGCGGCCGAGACCUGUACAACACGGUGUGGACGCAGGUGUCCCGGCUGGCCAGUCCACUGCCCCCUCAGGAGCCAUGCAACCAUGCCCAGGACUGUGAUGACAGCCUAGGCUACCAGUACCCUUUCACCCUGCGUGCUGUGCAAGGAGAUGGGAACUCCUGUGCCUGGUGUCCGUGGUACAGGUUCUGCCGAGGCUGUACCAUAGAGUGUAAUGAUGGCAGGGCUGCAGUAGGCCAUGUGUGCAUAGCUGUCGACUGGGACCCCACUGCCCUGCACCUCCGAUACCAGACAUCCCAAGAGAGGCUGGUGGAGGAGCACGUGAGCGUGGAGCUGAGCCGGCGUGCCCAGGCCGAGCCCAUCAGCCUGGACAGCUGCCUGAGGGCCUUCACCACGGAGGAGGAGCUGGGCGAGAAUGAGCUCUACUACUGCUCCAAGUGCCAGACCCACCGCGUGGCCACCAAGAAGCUGGACAUCUGGAGACUUCCACCAAUACUGAUUGUGCAUUUGAAGCGGUUCCAGUUUGUGAACGGUCGCUGGAUUAAAUCUCAGAAGAUUGUGCGAUUCCCCAGGGACAGCUUUGACCCCAGUGCAUUUCUGACCCCUCGAGAGGCAGAACACAGCCAGCAUGGCUGGAGAUCUUGUUCAAAAGAAGAGCUGUCUGAACAGGAAACCGGACCAAACUCUGGAGCAGCAGACCAACCUUGUAAUGCCGUACCACUUCCCUUUAAUAAUACAAAAGACUCUCCGAGCAGCGGGAGGCUGAUCUCUUCCCUCAGCAGAAGCGGCAGCCCCAGCGGCAGCCCCAAAGCUGACCGCCGGAGGCCGGCCCAGAAGCGGGUGGCGCGGCCGGACUCGCGGCUGCAGCUCUCCCUCAGCAAGGAGAGCCUGGACAGUGGCAGAGAGAGUCCGCUGGAGCUAGAGCCCGCCGGCGGCAGGCCCGAGGUCCCCAGCGAUGCCGACACCGUGGGCCCGGACUCCGCGCUGGGUGACGACGUCGGCAGGGACUGUGACAACGCCACAUCCGUGUCGGAGCUGGAGAGCAACGGCUGCCCCGAGGACAGCAUGGACCUGGAGGCCUCCCAGGACCAAAGAGACAGGAUCUGCCUGGAGCCUGUCUAUGACCUGUACGCAAUAUCGUGUCACUCAGGGAUCCUUGGAGGAGGCCACUAUGUAACAUAUGCCAAAAACCCCAAUGAGAAGUGGUACUGUUACAACGACAGCAGCUGCAAGGAGAUGAAUCCGGAAGAGAUCGACACGGACUCUGCGUACAUUCUCUUCUAUGAGCAGCAGGGUGUGGACUACUCCCUGUUCAUGCCAAAGACUGAUGGGAAAAAGAUGACCGACACCAGCAGCAUGGACGAGGACUUUGAAACUGACUAUAAGAAGUACUGCGUUCUUCAAUGAUGUCCGCGCUCUCGUUAGCGGAAGGGUGGAGAAAAAAGAAAACGGAUGCUCAAAGAUGCCGUCUCUCAGAUUGAGAGGACCUCAUUUUUGGCCUUUUUUGUUUUGUUUUUUUUCCCCCCCCCCCCCCCCCCCUUUAAACUUUUAGCCAAACUAUGGUACUGUCCAGUUAUUUCAGGCAUUGACAGUGUUUGUCUCUCACGUGUUUUUAAUUUCUUUGUGUUGCCCUGUUGCAAUUUUAUGUACAGGAUAAAUUAGUAAGUGCCGGUCACAUACUCUAUGAACCAUGCGUGACAAGGAUAGUCAUUCACAUCAGUGCAUUUAGACAAAGUGGUUGUGGAGGAGGCAGAGACGUUGGUACUAGUCUAUUUAUUGUUUAAGACCGUUUAAUGACUUUGACAUUAAUUAUGCUAUUUUGUUUGAAUUUUUUCUUAGAACAAUCUCAGCAAUUUUUGCUAUCCUUAUUGAUCUUUUUAUGUGGCUUGCAUAUGUUUGAUCAAUAUUUCUUUGCAAGGAAAACUGGCACUGUAUCUUUGUUCAAAGAUGCUAAUAAUACUGUAUGCACUUUUAUGCUUUAAGUUGCUGUAAUUUGAUCCCAUUUUGUGACAUUGCACAUUAUUAUUAUUAUUAUUAUUUGUUGUUGUUGUUUGUUUUUACUUAUUGGUGUGUGUGUGUGUGUGUGUG